AUGUCGACACAACAGGUACAGAAGAAGAGAAAGGACGACUACUCUAACUAUCAACCAGAGAUUAGUGGUCCACCUGAGAUUGGUCCAGAGGAGAUUCAAACAGAGUCAAUACUAGGUGAUGGAAGUUUUGGAACUGUUUACAAGGGUAGAUGUCGUCAGAAGGAUGUAGCCGUCAAGGUCAUGUUGAAGCAAGUCGAUGAGAAGACUUUGAAGGACUUUAGAAAGGAGGUGGCUAUCAUGAGCACCAUCUUCCAUCCAAACAUAGUACUCUUCUUGGGUGCUUGCACAUCUUUGCAAGGAAAGUUGAUGAUAUGCACAGAGUUGAUGAAGGGUAAUCUGGAAACAUUGCUCAUGGAUCCAAAUAUCAAGUUGCCUUUGAUCACACGUAUGAGAAUGGCAAAGGAUGCCGCACUGGGCAUUCUAUGGCUACACAGCUCCAACCCUGUAUUCAUUCACAGAGACCUAAAGACAAGCAACCUGUUGGUCGAUGCCAACUUGAACGUAAAGGUCUGCGACUUUGGUCUGUCACAAAUCAAGCAGAGAGGCGAGAACCUAAAGGACGGUCAAGAUGGAGCCAAGGGUACACCACUUUGGAUGGCACCAGAGGUGCUACAGGGCAAGCUCUUCAAUGAGAAGGCCGAUGUUUACAGCUUUGGCUUGGUGCUCUGGCAGAUCUACACAAGACAGGAACUAUUCCCAGAGUUUGACAACUUCUAUAAAUUCGUCGCAGCGAUCUGCGAGAAGGUGGUCCGCCCACCAGUCCCCGCGGACUGCCCACCCGCACUGCGACAGCUCAUUCAGAAGUGUUGGGACGCGUCGCCAGAGAAUCGCCCCGACUUCAACGUAAUCACGUCGACGUUGGAGGGUAUCGUCAUCGACCUGGCCAUCCCCGACGAGUAUGGCGCCAUCAUGUGGAAGAACCACUUUAGACACGCCGACUACGCCACCUGGAAGGACUUCCUCAAUGUAUUCGCCAACUUUAUCGGUCUGACCAGCGCGCAGACUCAGCCCAUGUACGACCUGCUGCUCAACUCGCCCAACCUCAACGGCUCAACGAUCGAGCUGAACUUCAAGUGUCUCAAGGCGAUCAUCGCCAUGCCCACGCGCGUCGGUGGCCAGGAGGAGGAGGUCGUCAGCAUGGAGCAGUUUGGCAAGGUGCUGGCAUGGUUCGGCUGUCUCAAGGAGGACGGCAGCCAGAUCCUAGACAAGAUUAGACAGCUGAUGGAGUGCGCCUGGUUCCACGGCGACAUCUCGACGGCAGAGAGUGAGAACAGGCUGCACAAGAAGCCCGAGGGCACCUUUUUGGUACGUUUCUCGACGAGCGAGUCUGGAUCGUACACCAUCUCCAAGGUGUCCAAGAACGGCGUCAUUUCACAUCAGAGGAUCCAUCGUCCCGGCGGCAAGUUCCAGGUCAACAACAGCAAGUACCUCAGUGUUAAGGAUCUGAUCCUGGGUGAGGCUCAAGCGCUGGGCAUCAUCACGCCAUGCUUGGGUUCCAGAUUCCUUUCACUCAUCCACAAGUCAAACACAUCUGGCUACAUAUAA